CUAAACUUCCGCUAUUCUCUCGUCACAAUGUGGUGUUCACAUAUCGUCGGAAGAACGAGCUCCGAACUGUGAGGGUGUGUCAAGCUAGAGCACAUGGUAGCUGAUGGCAGAAACUCUUUGAUUAGCGCCCUUGGAAAAGCGGAAUGAGUUUUCACGGUGUCCAGGUGCAUGGUGCUCGUUGAGAGGAAGAAAUAAAUUGACACCCAUUUGAAACUCUCUGCGUCUUGAUCAAUCUAUAUCCGAGGGGCCGCUACAGUGAAAACUCAUCGCUGCACCAGCCCUGCCAUCUCUGCUGAGAAGUUGAGGCCAUCACAUCUGAGGUCCAAACACCAACCUAAUACCAAGCCAGUUUACUUCGCUUGCAUUCAACUCCUGCACACAGACAAGACUUAAAAUGGACAGCAUACUUAAGGUACAGCUAGACCUGCAAAAAGAGACACUGGAUGCCAAGGAGCAAGAAAGCUGAAAAGGGACCAUUUCUACACACAUGCUUGCAGCAUAAUUGAAUGACUUAAUAAUAAUAUGGUAUUAUAAGGUCAAAAUAUCUUGCAAACUAAUUCUCCGUUCUUAAAGCUUCUAAAACUGGUGAAAGAAACUAGCCCAUGCUUUUCGUUCAUAUCUGUUUAUGAAAAGGUUAAAAGGAGUGUUUUGUUGUUACUGUUUUAAGCUAAAAAUCCUUUUAGAUGUUUAUGCUACGCAUUUAUCUAUUAAUGCGUAGCAUAAACAUUACUCUGUAGUAAAGGAUAACUACAGCUUACAACUGUAAAUUCAGGCAUUGGACAAUCAAAGGCCACACUCGACUUAAAGCAGCUGCACAAACAAACAAGAUGUCACUUAAAGAUACACCUUGCAGGUCCAGCUCACGAGAAAGAAAGCUAACAGAGAAAGGCCAAGAGAUGCAUGAACAAGACAACAAAAAACGUGAGAAAGCAUUUAACAAGUCCUAUGACACUUGGAAGCUGGUAGCUAGGGAGACUAGGACAAAAUUAAAAACCCUCUGAAAAAAUUCAGAAAGUGCAUACAAUGGAGCAUGGAAAGUCUUACAAGACAGAUAUGGGAACCCGUUCAUCAUACAAAAAGCUUUCCAAGAUAAGCUCAUGAGAUGGCCAAAGAUCAACACAAAUGAUCCACUAGCACUACAAGAGUUUGCUGACUUCCUCCAAGGCUGCACUGAGGUGAUGCCUCACGUAAAAGGACUAGCUAUCCUUAACGAUUGUGAGGAAAACCACAAGUUGCUCAGAAAACUACCAGAAUGGAUCGUGCGCAAGUGGAGUCGAGUUGUUGUGGAGAAACUUGACACAUCCGGAAGCUAUCCAGAUCUUGCAUGCUUCACAAAUUUCCAGAGCAAAGAGGCACGGAUAGCCUGUAACCCUAUUGCUUCUCCAUUGUUGAUGAACUUCAGGGCCACAAAUGAAAGAUCACCAAAGAGAGCCAAAGCUCUCAACACAAAUACACAAACAAAGAGUUUCGCUCAGGAGAAACAAGAAACAAAUGGCAGUAAACCAAAAUCACCUUGCUUCAUGUGUAAAAGUGAAGAUCAUAACAUCACCAAGUGUCCCACCUUCGCAGCAAAGAGUAUUGAAGAUAAAAAGGCAUUCAUCUGUGAAAAUCGGCUCUGCUUUGGGUUCUUGAGGAAGGGUCACAUGACCAAAGAUUGUAAGAGACGACACACAUGCAGCAUAUGCAGCUGUCGUCACCCAACCUGCUUGCACGAUGACAGGAAACAAAGACCUGUGGAAGCAACAACGAAUAGUUCCACUUCCACAGAAAACCAUGCAAGCUUGGAAACUCACAAUGUCGUAUCCCAUGCAUCAACGCAACGUUCUUCAGCUACCUCAAGUAUCGUCCCAGUCCUUGUGUCUUCAAUACAAGAGCCACACAGAGAAGUACUUACGUAUGCAAUACUGGACACACAGAGUGACUCAACGUUUGUCUUAGAAGAUGUACUUGACAAACUGAAUGUUGAUGCCCAACCAGUAAAAUUAAAAUUGAGUACUAUGACGGCUAUUGACACAAUCAUAUCUAGCAAGAACGUCCGUGGUCUACAAGUUCGAGGACUGCACUCUAAGGACCACAUUCAAUUACAGCAGGCCUACAGCCGUGAUUUUAUACCAGUGGACAAGUCCUACGUUCCAACAAAUGAAACAGCCUUACUCUGGCCUCAUCUCAGACAUUUGGCAGAUAAGCUACCACUCCUUCUAGACUGUGAUGUAGGGCUCCUGAUAGGAUAUGACUGUCCAGCAGCAUUAACUCCUCUUGAGGUUAUCAUUGGAGACAAAAAUCAACCGUUUGCACAGAGAUCAAAACUAGGAUGGAGUAUCAUAGGCUCAUCAAAUCCUCACCUAGACAGACAAGGAAGUCAGAGCUUUGUGCAUCGGCUCACAGUAAAAGAACUGCCAAUUCCAUCGACAACAGAUGUUCUAAAAGCCCUAGAAUCAGACUUCACCGAGAGAACAUAUGAAGAUAAAUAUGUGUCCCAGAACGAUGUUCAUUUCAUACAGUUCCUCAGUGACAACAUCACGCAGAAGAAAGAUGGACAUUAUGAGAUGCCCCUCCCUUUCAAGGGCAACAGUCCACCCAACCUACCAAACAACAAGAAGCUAGCCACAGUUCGCCUACAGUGUCUUAAGAAGAAGUUAAAGACCAAUAAAAAAUAUUAUGAUCAAUACAAAACAUUCAUGGAAGAAACAAUUAGCAAGGGUGAUGCAGAGCCUGCCCCUACAACAUUUGCAGGAGAGACUGAGUGGUACCUUCCGCAUCAUGGCAUUUAUCACCCCAGAAAACCAGACAAGCUGAGAGUUGUAUUCGACUGUUCAGCCAAAUUCCAUGGUGUUUCUCUAAAUGACACUUUACUGACUGGGCCUGAUCUUAUCAAUCCUAUGGUAGGAGUUCUCUGCCGCUUCAGGAAGGAGGCUGUAGCGAUCAUCUGUGAUAUCGAAAGAAUGUUUUAUCAGUUCUCUGUCACUCCUGAAUCCCGGAAUUAUCUGAAAUUCCUCUGGUGGGGAGGUGGAGAUUUGGAGAAGGAACCACAGGAAUACAGGAUGGCAGUUCAUCUCUUUGGAGCUGCCUCGUCUCCAGGAUGUGCCAACUUUGGCUUGAAACAUCUGGCACGCCAACACAAAGCUACCUAUCCACUAGCAUCAACAUUCAUAGAGAAAAAUUUUUAUGUUGAUGACGGGCUAGUCAGUGUUCCAUCGGUCGAGGAAGCCAAGAAACUGAUCACUGAGUCACAGGAGUUGUGCAAAAGAGGAGGCCUACGCCUUCAUAAAUUCAACUCUAAUGAGGAAGCAGCCCUCGCCUGCUUAGAUCCUUCAGAAAGAGCAGCAACCAUUGAACCUCUAGGACUGGAUCCAACUCCAUCGGAGCGUGCACUCGGCAUUCAAUGGUCGAUUAAAACUGACACUUUCAGUUUUAACAGCAGCUUGAAAGAUCAGCCUUCCACCCGGCGUGGUUGCCUUUCUGUCAUUGCCUCUCUUUAUGAUCCACUUGGAUUCAUUGCUCCAUUCAGCCUAACUGGAAAGCGUAUACUUCAAGAGCUGUGUCACAGAGGCAUCGGAUGGGAUGAUCCACUACCAGAAGAUAUGAGGCCACGGUGGGAGGAGUGGAUAAAUGGGCUUCAGAGGUUGAAAGAGGUUUCAAUUCCGAGAUGUUACCACCGAUAUGACUUCCAUAACAUUGUCAGAGUAGAGUUGCACCAUUUUUCGGAUGCCAGCUGCGUGGGAUAUGGUGCAUGUUCUUACCUCAGGUUAAAAAAUGACAAGGAUGAAGUCCAUUGCAGUCUCGUGCUGGCGAAAGCAAGGGUUGCACCCUCAAAGGUCACAAGUAUCCCCAGACUAGAACUUGCAGCAGCUGUGGUUUCUACGAAAGUCAGUGUCAUGUUAAAAGGUGAACUUGACAUAAAGAUUGAUGAAGAGGUUUUCUGGACCGAUUCAAAGGUGGUGCUUGGGUAUAUUAACAAUGAUGCCCGUAGGUUCCACAUAUUUGUUGCGAACCGUGUUCAGAUGAUAAGGGAUAACAGUGAUCCCAUUCAGUGGCAUUAUGUGGACACCGCAGAAAACCCGGCAGAUCAUGCUUCCCGAGGUCUUAGUGCUUCAGACCUUCAUUCAACAAAUUGGCUUCGAGGACCGAAGUUUCUCUGGGAGAGUAAUUUACUUCUAGCACCCAACGCUCCAUCAGAAUUACUUGUUGGUGAUCCUGAAGUCAAGACAAUUCAGGUGUUUGCAACAGAAGUAAAAAACUACAAUGACAUCCUCAGCCAUCUGUGUCAGUUUUCCUCCUGGACAAAAAUUCUUAAGGUGGUGGCAAGAAUCAAGAGGCUGGGGUCUAAACAGAGACAACACAGUGAGUAUGUGACUGUUAAGGAGAUUGAGAAGGCUGCAGAUGAAGUGAUUAAGAUUGUACAGCAGCAAGCUUUCCCCGAAGAGAUGCUUCAGGGUAAAAAGGACCUUCCAAACUCAAGCUCUCUUUUCCGUCUCGACCCUAUCUGGUCUGAAGGACUCCUCUGUGUUGGUGGCAGAUUGAACCAGUCAUCGCUCUGUCAUAAAGUCAAGCACCCAGUCAUCCUACCGAAUAGCAGCCACAUUUCUAAGCUUAUUGUGUCUCAUUUUCACGCUAAGACAUGCCAUCAGCGUCGAGGCCAGACUCUAAUGGAGCUUCGGGCCAAUGGAUUCUGGGUAAUUGGUGGGAGCAAGUUGGUUGCUAAGGUGAUACACACUUGUGUGCUUUGCAGGAAACUGCGAAGGCCAACAGAAAGACAACAAAUGGCUGAACUUCCCACAGAACGCGUUGAAGCCUCGGCGGAAGAUACGGCGUGAUUUUCACAUGUAUGUACUCUAGAGCUGUUCAUAUUGAAAUGCUCGAAGAUUUGUCAACAGACUCAUUCAUCAACUCAUUGAGAUGCUUCAUCAGCCUGAGAGGAGCUGUUCAACAACUUCGCUGUGACCAAGGCUCUAAUUUUGUUGGCGCAAGGAAUGAGCUCAAGGAAGCACUUAAACAAUGUGACAUUAAGCUUCUGGAAAUCUUCCUGACAGAGAAGCAGUGCGAAUUUGUCUUCAAUGCUCCCUCUGACAGUCCUGCAGGUGGUGUCUGGGAACGCCAGAUCAGAACUGUUAGAAAUGUGCUGAAUGCCGCCUUUGCACAGUGCCCAGGUCGACUUGACGACGCUUCCCUCAGAACACUGCUAUAUGAGACCAUGGCUAUCGUUAACAGCCGCCCGUUAACAGUGGAUGGGAUAAAUGAUCCACAGGCACUGGAGCCUAUAACACCGAAUCAUCUCAUUAUGAUGAAAUCUAAAGUUGCUCUUCCUCCUCCUGGAGUAUUUGUCAAGGAGGACCUGUAUGCGUCAAAAAGGUGGAGAAGAGUUCAGUAUCUCAUCGAACAGUUUUGGAGCCGCUGGAAAAAGGAGUAUCUGCUGAACAUAUCCUUGAGACAGAAAUGGCACUCACCUCAGCGCAACCUCAAAGUGGAUGACAUUGUCAUUAUUAAAGACGAUAACCUCCCAAGAAAUCAGUGGCAACUUGGACGGGUGAUUGAAACUGUUCAAAGUAGUGAUGGCUUGGUUGGUCGAGUUAAAGUGCAAGUUGGUGAGCGGAAACCUCAUAAAAAACAAGAUCCACCCUCCAAGCCCUCAGUUAUUGAGAGACCAAUCAAAAAAUUGGUGCUCCUCCUAGAGAACUGAUUAAAAGAAAGCGAUUUACAACACUGCACAAACUGCUUUAUUAUGCAUGAUGCCAUAUAGUUACGCCUCUGAUAGCUUAACUUCAGGCUAUUAAUUUCUUAGCAAGAAAUCCUGCACAAUUCACUUACUCUUUGUAUAUUUGUUCAUUCAUUGUACCAGGAUUUGGUGGGAGUGUAAAUGUCUUUAUAAAUCGCAUUAAUAUUCUACACAGUAUAUAUACAACAUAUAUAACAUUUUAUAUUAAUAUUUUAAGGCAUUAUAUAUUUAAUAGUGUCGCUAUGUCUGUUCCGCUUUUAUUUUGAAAAAGCGCUGUUUUCUUCUUCGGAUGUUUUUUUUUUUUUGUGACGCUAAACUUCCGCUAUUCUCUCGUCACAAGUACUUCAUUUGUUUAUGGGUUUAUUGCACACGUCAUCAAUAUAAAACGUAUAUUCUUUCUUCAAUUAUAAUAUAUUCUGUUUAAUUUAAAAGAAGCAUGUGAUAUUUCAUUUGUCAUAAAGGCUUAAACACACUUCAUAUUUCAUAUUGGUCAUUUGUUAAAAUAAUUUGUAUUGAGUGUAAACAUGAUUAAUAUGUGAAGAUUAUUUAUAUGCAAAUUAUUUGUGAAAUUACAUGGAAGCAUUUUGUAUUUCUGUUUAUUCUGUAGUUUUCACGGUGUCCAGGUGCAUGGUGCUCGUUGAGAGGAAGAAAUAAAUUGACACCCGUUUGAAA